AUGGCGGAAAAGUUUUAUGGUCACAGUGCAUUGAGGCGAUGCUUACAGAACAUAGUACCAUGUUCACUGCUGGGUUCGGAGAAGCGGUUGUCGAGUAUCGUGGAGUCGAUUGAGGGGUUGGUGGAAACAUCCCUACGGCAUCCGAAUAGUUCAUUGGAAGUGAUUUUAGGAGUGUUCGUUAGCACUACCAAUGGGAAGCAUGUGAAGCUGCCGAUCCAUGGUCCUGCACUGUUCCAUUCGGAUGACGAGGCAUAUUCUUCUGGACAAGUGGUCUUUCGGAGGAACAUUCGGGCGGAAGUCAUUAAUGAAUUGAUACGGAAUACUAUGUCGAUAGCGCAAGCCAGACAAGCGCAAGGGAAGAGUUGUCGCUUUCACAUAAAUGACUCCACUAUCCGGCGACGAAUAUACGAGAGUGGAGCAUAUGAAGAGGGCCGUACGCGCGAAAACAGAGUGCUGGUUGACUCCUUACUGGUGUACAGACCAGGUACUCCGAUUCAACUCAAAUAUGAGGUGGUUCAAUACCAGAACACAGGACUGCUUGCGUCCAACCCUAUAACACAUCUCCCCUUGGCACCGAAUGGUCACGGUUCAAAUCCAUCGGGUGUGGCGGAUAUGAUCCCAGUAAAAGAGGAAGAGAUUGAGAAGCUGGAGUUCACCUUCUCCGAUGAAAUUCUUAGUUGGCAAUUAAUUACCGAGGUAGUGAAAUCUGAGGACAAGGAGGAGGACGCGGUCGGGCGAGCGUACCUGCGGCUGUCAGGACACAGCGGCCGGGUUUUAUGCACGAUUCGACAGCCGUUUCCCCGAGAAUUUACGAGAGGAAUGGCGGAGCUGUUUUAUAACAAUGCUGCCUUGGUUAGCGCCUUGGACACGAAGGAGAUUUACCCACUGGACUCACAGAGUCUCUACUAUCCGAACAUUUUCGGAGACAGUGCAGCCGAUGUCAAGAGGCACUAUAACCUGAAGAAGAUUGGAGCGGCUAUGGAAUCUGCUAUUGAGAUAGUACGUAUAACAAAUAACCACGCGAAGCGGUUGUUAAUAGAUGAGUACGUUGCCAUGGGAGCGUCAAUUCUUGACCUUGCCUGUGGUCAUGGUCAAGAUCUGUUUAAGGUUCUUGAUAAGCAGCCCAAAAUUUACAUCGGAAUAGAUUUCUCUGCUCAAGAAAUUCAAGAAGCCAGAAGGCGUCUACAGCGGCAUGACUUCCGAGGGCAGCCUUUUAGGUUCCAUGUGGGUAACAUGUUGGUUCCGGACAGCUAUGAGAAGUUUUUGGCGUCGCCGGAGACUGCUGCAUUUGAUGUGGUUAGUGUUCAGUUGGCUAUUCAUUAUACGUUGUCCUCCGAGGCAAAUGCGGAGGCCAUCCUCCAAAGCAUUAGCAAUAAACUCAAGCCAGGAGGCAUUUUCAUUGGAUCCUGUCCAUCCUCAUUCGCUGUAGCGGAACGGAUGAGGAAAGACACGUUUGAAAGGGACGAAAACGGAUGCUCCUUUGGAAACGAGGUCUACAGCGUUACCUUCGCACUCGAGGCCAUGGCCGAAUAUCAACAGCAACCGAAUGAAAAAAUUGCCAACGUAGUGUUACCCGGCGAUGGAGGUGCACCACCCUGGGUUACUGAACAUCAGCAAACUGAACAUAUGAGGACCCAAAUAUCAAUGGGAAUGGGGCUCGAAGAAGACCGAAAGGGACAUACCCUCAUUGAAUCAGAUCCCACUUACUAUAUGGUCAAUGAGAAGUGGGGCGUUCCAUACCAUUUCUGGCUGCUAGACCAUAUUGAUGCCACUGAAUUCGUCGUUCCUUGGCGGGCCUUCUGCAGGGUUGCGAGAAGGUGCAACCUCGUUUGCCUUCUCAGAAGGCCCUUUGAUGAAUACUGCAAGCUUAUGCAAAAUAAAGGACACCCCGAUGCCGUCCGAUUCCAACACCAAUUUGACCAAAUGAGACACAAAAGCAAAAACGCAGACAAACAGAUGGAAGUUGUUUCGUUCUACCAUGUAUUCGCAUUCCAAAAAAGGGCCGACAAUGUUACAGAUCCUAACCAGCUCGCUCUUCUUCCCCCCGCUCAAAGCCAAAUCAACCAAACUCAGAUGCUGAGCGCCUGA